CUUCCUGGGUUGAAUGUGAGCAUUGAGUGAGAAGAUUGUAUGGUGUCUAUCCGAUUCUGCGGCAGAACGCCUCAACUGUGGUUUACGAGACGGCACUUGCCUAAUCCUGUCUGCUCGAUACGUCUUUGCCUCAAGCUUUGUUGUAAUGUGCUAGAUAUCGAAGCUGAUUUUUAAAAAAUAACUUCUUCCGACAAUUUCCCCCCCGAGUGUCGGGGUCACCAGACUUUUGUUUACAUCAUCGACAUCAUCACUGCAGGAGAAACGUCCAACGCAUGGAGCAAACCAACUCCGUAAUAAUGUUAGAAGACGAGCAGCUGGAUCUUGUGCCCCCGCUGCCUGCAAAUUCCAGGCUGAUGGGUAUACCAACAUCAUUAUUGUAUAAUGGAUCUCGGUUUCAAGGUCACCAGAAAAGCAAAGGCAACUGUUAUGAUGUGGAAGUAGUUCUUCAACACGUCGAUGAAGCUAAAGCAUUCCUUUGUGGAUAUUUAAAGAUAAAAGGGCUGACAGAAGAAUACCCCACGCUAACAACCUACUUUGAUGGUGAAAUUAUCAGCAGUGGACAUCCAUUCCUUACCCGUAAGUGGGAUGCUGAUGAGGAUGUGGACCGGAAACACUGGGGGAAAUUUGUGUCUUUCUACAACUUCGCAAAGAACUUCAAUGCUGACAACUUUGACUAUGAAGGGUUGAAAUCGUCAGACUAUGUGUACAUGAGAUGGAAGGAACAUUUUCUGGUGCCAGAUCAUACGAUCAAGAACAUCAGUGGAGCUUCCUUUGCUGGUUUCUAUUACAUUUGCUUCCAGAAGUCUACUGCUACUAUAGAAGGGUACUACUACCACAAGCAUUCCGAGUGGUUCCAGUCCCUGAACCUGCAGCAUGUCCCUGAGAGAAACACGGGUGUGUUCCAGUUCAGAUGAAUGUAUUGUGAUGUGUGGUCAUCAUCAUCCAUGCCAGUUCAGUCAGGAGUUCACAGGGUCAGAAUUAUGACAACUUUCCAAUUGGCGUGUCUGCUCUCAGGAUCUCUGGGAGACGCUGUAUUGUGUAUCCUCAGAGACUCUCCCACCAUAGACUUUCCCAGCUGGACACAAAUUCUCUGGUUGACGACCUGUGUGACUUGAGAGGUCCCAUGUCCGCUGAUCGGAGACUGAUUUGUGUUUUCAGCGUAUGCUGUGUCAUAAAAGGGAUUGACUGUGAGUGGUGCGUGACCUGUAGGAGUUUACCAAUAGAUCUGGCCUCAAGCUAGGGCAGUGCUUAUGAUAGCAAAAUUUUCUUCUCAAUAUGCAAGCAGCUGGGACUUUUUCGUGUUGCAUAAUAUGCAGAGGUAAUUUCUCUCAUCUUGUAAACCACAAGUUUUUCAUUUUCGACAUGAUUGGAUUCUCCACAGGACAGACAGAUCUGAUGACUGGAGAGUGCCUGUAGGCUUUUUUUUGGGUGGUUUUUGGCGUUCUAUUUGCUCAGUAAGUGUUAUGCUAGACUACAAUGUGUAUAGCCCUGGUUUAAUUCCCUUUGGGGAGUUUUUCAACUUAGAUUGUUUAGGGAGUCCACUUAGCAUGGUUUUAUCAGAGAUGAACUUUAAUUGCAGAGGUCUUGCCACUUAGAUAACUUAACGGUACAAUGAUUAAAGAGAUAUCAAACCCGUUUUUGGUUGUUUUUUUUAAAGUUCUGCAGCGGAAAAAGUCGUGCUUCCAUAUGCAUGGAGAUAUUGGGCCUUCUUAUUAGGAACUUGUUGACUUUGAGGUAAGGCACAACCCAGACUUGUCAAAUUAUCUGGUUUGGUUUCAGAUCUGUGGUCGAUAGGGGUUUUGUGAAGUUUUGUCAGGUUUCCCAGCUCCUGAUUCCAUUGGAUGUGGGAUCCGAACAGAUUGUCUCUUCUGAUAAAUAUGAAAACCUUGAAGAUUCUUUGUGCACUCCAUGCUAGUCUUUGACACUUUGGAAAUUGAAAAUAUGA